AUGCUCUUUAUGCUAUUGUUUAGCCGUCAGGGCAAAUUACGUUUACAGAAAUGGUACAAUGCCUAUCCGGAUAAGGUUAAGAAGAAGAUUACCCGUGAAUUGGUAACAACAAUUUUGGCCCGUAAACCCAAAAUGUGUUCUUUUCUGGAGUGGAAAGAUUGCAAGAUUGUUUACAAGCGCUAUGCCAGUUUAUAUUUUUGUUGUGCAAUUGAACAGAACGACAAUGAAUUGCUAACGCUAGAAAUUAUACAUCGCUAUGUGGAGUUAUUGGAUAAAUAUUUUGGCAGCGUUUGUGAAUUGGAUAUUAUUUUCAAUUUCGAAAAGGCAUAUUUCAUACUGGACGAAUUGUUAAUUGGCGGUGAAAUACAAGAGACAUCGAAAAAGAAUGUCUUAAAAGCGAUUGCAUCUCAGGAUCUAUUGCAAGAGGAUGAAACUCCACAAGGCUUCUUUGAUGAUCACGGUCUGGGAUAA